AAGUAGUAGGACCAGGCGGAGUUGUUUCUGUUUGUGAUGUGUUUGCUAUCCAAGAUGCAAAGCAUUACAGUUUUUAACAAUACCUCCAUGUUGAAAGUGAACAACACAAAUACUUGACGAACCUCUACUUGAAAAAAGCAAUGUCCUCUGACGUGAAGACGCUUUUAAAAUUCGGAGGAGAAAGAGCAGUAGUACGAGGGGGAUAUCACUGCUGCUGUGCCGGAUCGAUAGUACGAGGUUCUUGAUGGACGAGCAGCAAACGUAAAGGAAGGACAGCGAAGCCUGUGCUCCCCAAGUGCCGAACGAGGUCGUGAGUAGAUCAGUACCCGACUCGGAAUGCCUUUACCACCCUCAGUGCGUAGGCUAGAGGAAGCUGUCUCACAGGUUGAGCGCCUCUCACUGACAACAGCGAAGCCAGGAGACGGCUCGUCAGUUUCGGGUUCUAUUAUGCUCUUUGGCUUGUAGUUGUGCAAGUAAUCUUUCAGUACUUUUACUUUAAGCCUGCCUACAAUGAUGUCGUUGACUUCGUACCAUGAUUGAUGAGGAAGACCUCUGUCGAUGAAUGUAGUUUUCAACUAUCUGUAUCUUCACUACUAGGAAAAGGAAGUAUAAGUACGCCGGUCGUGUAGUAUCCACCUCUAACCUUCCCGCGGCACGUAUGAAGCCAAGAACGGGUGGAUCAGGCGAAUCCGUGACGUCCGUAUCUAGUGCCCGACUUUCAGGCGAAGAUGAGUCUUCGCUUAUUGCUCGUAUCGACGUUCUAGAAAGAGUUACGGUGAAUGACUAUGACAUGUUCUUGAUGAGGCUUUAUUAUUGAACAAGUCUGCUAUUAAAGUCUACUAAGUUACCUCAAGUAGAGCAAAAAAGUUAUUAUUGAACAAGAUUUCCAUAUUGAUGAUAGAUAAGAACGCGAUGCGUCGGUGUGCAGUACGGAAGGAAAACAUGAACCAUGCUGCUCAUGUUCUAAGCUGCAAAUUGCUUCUAAGUAACUACCACUUACUACAGUUAUUUCCUCAAGCUCUCUAAAACGUAACUCGAGGAUGCCAAAGACGCCUUAUCCUGUACCGAGAGUGCGAGAGCGGACAAUGCAGACUUUGGAUUCAGGGCACGUUUCAUCUGGCUGGUCUUCCUGCUUAUUCUGCAGUCAGGCAGCAGUAUGAUAUGGUCCUCCUACACUGCUCUCCUGGACCGUCAUCCAUCAAUUAUCUACUUCUCGACUAUGCUGAUUGGAGCAGGAGGUACUUGUAGUUGGUGUCUCUCGAACCCCUUGAUCGUAAUGAAUUAGAGCACUUCUAGCUCUUUCUUGACCGAAUAAUACUGAUCUGAUCCCUCGAUCUACUCAGUGCACUCCUCCGGUGAACAGGAACACUCUAUCUAGUUGUAACUAGUGCGUUACGCUUACGGUAGUUACCGCUUGUUGCUCUCCAUGAUGGCAUCUUCGUUCUUUUCUUUUCUUUGAUCCAAAGAUCCAAAGUACCUUUUCCGAAUAAGAAUAAAAAUCGAGACCCUUGGUCUAAAACUGAUUCUUUGCGAGUAGCUUUCGAGGUAAUCCUCGAAGCUGCAAGUUUUUCUUGGUUCUAUAAUCCUACAACAGGUAACGCCGGUGGCCAGUCGGUCGUCUACGUUGUCAGACGAUUAGCACUGGGCGAGAAGGUGAGCAACUGGAAGCAAACGAAAAUAGCUUUCAUGCUUGCGGGAGCAUUAGCCAUUGUCGCCUCUUUGCGGUUUGCUAUCCAACAUGAAAGCACCUAUUCCUGGCCGAGCUAUCGAACGAACGCGGCGCUCACAGUAACGGCAUUUGCUGUCAUUUUGUCAGGGGCUCUCUUGGGUACUGAUGAAAGUACUUAUUUGCAGCCAUUUAUUUAACGGAGGCUCUUUUGGGUAAAUAUCUACUCUUAGCAGAAUCCAAUUAUUCUGGCUACGUUUUACUAAGUCUAAGGUACUGAUAUAGCUUUUGUUUUGAAAUAUUUGCUUUAUAGACUUGCAUCUGAACAUCAAGAUAUUACCUCAUCAAGUAGUGCUUCUUAUUUGAGAUUGAGCCUAACUGCAAUCAUAUCAACUUCAACACUCCUCAAACACUCUCCAAUACAUCUUAAUAUUCCAGGUACCGUCUUACCCCAGUUUUUGUACAAGAUGCGCAUCGAUCCGGCACACGCUUCCGCGAUGAUCCAAGUCCUCAUGGACAUGCUCGCGCUCGGCAUUGUUUGCUAUGUCUGCCACGCCCUACUGGGUGAUGGCGAUGAAGGGCAUACAUCGUCACUCUUGGUUAAGAUGAAGAUGAUGAAGAUUCUUCAUUUUCACAGAUGAACUUUCUUGGUUUUCUUCUUAGGACACCGAAAAAGAUGCACGAACGGCACAAAAGAAAUGAAUUAAAAUGGCGUAGUUUAAUUAUUGCGAGCACUAACAUAGGACAUCACGUAGAGACGGGUCACAAGGGAAGCAACUUCGUGUUGUCCUCGUUGCUUCCAACUGAAUGGACGAGUGGAAUACGAAGUUUUGGGAGGAUAUUACUAGGCGAGGAUACAGGAGCAGGAGGACCAGGACGUCACGCUCACGACCAGCAUAUUAGCACAACUUCUAUGGCAACAGGACAUCAUCAGACACAUCUUCAUCAAACUCAGCUAAAUGUUGGAGGAGUGGGAGGAAUGAUCGAAGCUGAUGCUGGGAAAAAUGCUGGGAUGGAUCAGAAUAAUCUUCCGAGUUUUCUAGAACAUCAACAAGGUAGUGCUGGUGCUGCUAUCAUGGCAAAUCAUCUUGGAGGCGGCGGCGGACAUCAUGUACAGCAAACGUCGUUCCUUCAAGCCUUGUUGCGGGAGAUGCCAGCACAACUGAGCCUAUUCCCAGACCCUGAAAUGCGGUAGAGAGCGUUCCUUCGUUCUUUUUGUUUCACUUUUGCUCUUCCUUGACUGGGAUGAGCAGUAUGAAUCUAGUAGAGAUCAAACUUUCACAAAUGAACUUCUUUGAAAUUGUAGACACGUCUUUUACUUUUUGAAGAUCAAUGUGCACAUACACAUGAUACUAGCGUAAUAUAACACGUGAAUGUACUUGUUUAUCCUCUCGAUAUCCCGAGAAUACAGCUCCAGACUACAGCUAAUGCUUUUUUAUCAUGUUUGAUCCUAUUUCUUUUUAGUCAUUUUUGUCCGUGGCGACCAUGAUGCUGAUGACGCAAAACACAAUAUUAGGACUCCAAACACGCACGUAAAUAAAGAUUCCUGCACUCACUUCACAGUGACAAGAAGAUGAAGAUUGGAAAAGGACAGAAAAUGAAAAACCUACGAUUUGCUGUGGUACCUAAGUACUUUUUUUGGUAUGAAAACAU